AUGGGCACAUACACAUCUUGCGGGGGUGUAAAUUGGUACAGAUUUUCGGAGCACGAUUUGAGUGAUGAGGUCCUCACCGUCAUCAAAGCCAAAGCUCAGUGGCCAGCCUGGCAGCCUCUCAAUGUGAGAGCCGCACCCUCGGCUGAAUUUUCAGUGGACAGGACGCGCCACUUGAUGUCCUUCCUGACCAUGAUGGGCCCCAGCCCCGACUGGAACGUGGGCCUGUCUGCAGAGGAUCUGUGCACCAAAGAGUGCGGCUGGGUCCAGAAGGUGGUGCAGGACCUGAUCCCCUGGGACGCUGGCACUGACAGUGGGGUGACCUAUGAGUCACCCAACAAGCCCACAAUUCCCCAGGAGAAAAUCCGGCCCCUGACCAGUCUGGACCAUCCUCAGAGUCCUUUUUACGAUCCAGAGGGCGGGUCUAUCACUCAAGUGGCCAGAGUUGUCAUCGAGAGAAUCGCCCGGAAGGGGGAACAAUGCAAUAUCGUGCCUGACAAUGUCGACGAUAUUGUAGCAGAUCUGGCUCCAGAAGAGAAAGAUGAAGAUGACACCCCUGAAACCUGCAUCUACUCCAACUGGUCCCCGUGGUCCGCCUGCAGCUCCUCCACCUGUGACAAAGGCAAGAGGAUGCGGCAGCGCAUGCUGAAGGCACAGCUGGACCUCAGUGUCCCCUGCCCUGAUACCCAGGACUUCCAGCCCUGCAUGGGCCCGGGCUGCAGCGAUGAAGACGGCUCCACCUGCACCAUGUCCGAGUGGAUCACCUGGUCGCCCUGCAGCAGCUCCUGUGGCAUGGGCAUGCGGUCCCGGGAGAGGUAUGUGAAGCAGUUCCCUGAGGAUGGCUCUGUGUGCACGCUGCCCACCGAGGAGACGGAGAAGUGCACAGUCAACGAGGAGUGCUCUCCCAGCAGCUGCCUGGUGACCGAGUGGGGUGAGUGGGAUGAGUGCAGCGCCACCUGCGGGAUGGGCAUGAAGAAGCGGCACCGCAUGGUCAAGAUGAGCCCGGCGGACGGCUCCAUGUGCAAGGCCGAGACAUCCCAGGCAGAGAAGUGCAUGAUGCCCGAGUGUCAUACCAUCCCCUGCUUGCUGUCCUCAUGGUCUGAGUGGAGUGACUGCAGUGUGACCUGUGGGAAGGGCAUGCGGACCCGCCAGCGGAUGCUCAAGUCUCUGGCCGAACUCGGGGACUGUAAUGAGGAGCUGGAGCAGGUGGAAAAGUGCAUGCUGCCUGAAUGCCCCGUUGACUGUGAGCUCACCGAGUGGUCCCAAUGGUCAGCGUGUAACAAGUCCUGUGGGAAAGGCCACAUGAUUCGAACCCGGAUGAUCGAAAUGGAGCCUCAGUUUGGAGGUGCACCCUGCCCAGAGACUGUACAGCGGAAAAAGUGCCGCAUCCGGAAAUGCCUGAAAAAUCCAUCCAUCCAGAAGCUGCGCUGGAGGGAGGCCCGAGAGAGCCGGAGGAGUGAGCAGCUGCGGGAAGAGUCUGAUGGCGAGCAGUUCCCAGGCUGCAGGAUGCGCCCGUGGACAGCCUGGUCGGAGUGCACCAAACUGUGUGGCGGCGGGAUCCAGGAACGCUACAUGACCGUCAAGAAGAGGUUCAAAAGCUCCCAGUUUAGCAGCUGCAAGGACAAGAAGGAGAUCAGAGCGUGCAAUGUGCACCCUUGUUAGCCAGGGUAUAAGUGGUCCAGGGCUGCACCCUAGAUUUGCACAGUCACCAAUGGCUGGAGUGUCUGUUUGCUUGUUGUUUAAGGCAAUUUAAAUCGUAUCCACUAGUCUUCAUUUCUGCAGUCUGGUUUGCCCAGUAGUCUUGUGGAGGCCGGGGACCUCCUUUCUGUCCACAGCUUGGUAGGCACAGGCUGCGUGGGGCUCCCUCCUCCCCUGCUGGCCCUCCUCCAGCACAGAAGACGUGUCAGCCCCCCGUCCUCAACGGAAAUGUGUCCCUCUGGAGCAUCCACCAGGGCAGCACACAGAGGCCUGGCCUCCUCCACAGGGAGAGGCAGCUGGGGCAGGAAGGGACUCCCAUGCCUCAGCCUCGGGGUACAGCAGGGAGGAGACCAUCCUGCUCUGAUGGAGAGCGCAGAUUCCUCUCCUCCUUGCCUUCGGCCUGCUUGCUCAUGUAGAAACCUCCUGUUUGCCCAUGUCCUUUCAUUUAGUGGAACUUUAGGUCCUUUGUUGAGUCUCCGCGUGGGGAAAACAGAGCUGGUAGACGUGAAGAGCACUGAGAGAGGAUGGCUUUUCUUUCAGAAAUUCUGAAGUUCUGAAUACAUUUCAGAUCCUCCCCUCCCAAUAGUGGUGCCCAAAGCCCCGAGAAAGGAAAUGAUGGCCGCUUUACUGGGAUGUAAGGUCGCCGGUUCUUACACCUGAGCUAAAAGGCACUAAGUCUAGAAAGUAUUUUUCCCUGGCUUUUUUUUUUUGUGGCCACAAUUCUCCUGGGAAGCCAGCCUUAUAAACCUUCUGACCUCCCAUACUUACUAGAACCAAGGCCAAGGCAGCAAAACUGGCCUCUCUAGCAGUCCCAAGCCUGCACUUUUAAAAUCUUCUGACACAUAUCUAGACUUUUAAGUUUUCAAACCAGUUCUACCAAGAAAACAUCGUUUAGCUAUACGUCUGCCCACAUCCCACCAAGCCACUGUUUGAACAAAAAUACUAUCUAUACUUUAAAGGGUUUUUUUUUUUAAAUCAUAACGUUUUUUUUAUACGUAGAGAGAAAAAUGUUUCAGAGACCAAGCAAAACAUUGAGGGAGAAAGGAAUAUUACAGAAUCGGGCCGAGUAGGAAAAUCGGGGGGAAAGACAAACUUUACCUGGGCUCUCCACACCAGGGCUCUGGUCCUCCAACACACGUGUGGGCAAGGCCAUGGUUUUCCAUCCCCUUCGAAGCACUCGAAAGCAUCAAAUUCAGGGAUUCUGACUACCAAGAAUUUGUGUAAGAAGACAUUUUACUGAACUGAGUACAGCAGUUUUUACUCCAUUUAUUGUUAAAACUGUUUCAUUUCUGUUGCAGGUUUUCAUUAUGCUUAAUCCAAAUAUGUAUCAUGGAUGAGAUGUAUACAAUGUUUCUGAAUACACUACUUUUAAGAAUUUGCAUUCAGCACAUCAGAAUAUUUCCAAACACAACAUAUAUAUGAUAUAGCCCUGAAUCUUCAAUAAAAAACUCAUUUGGGUCUGUC